AUGGCAGCGCGCUCCCGGCGCCCCUGGCUCAGCGUGGUGUUGGGGCUCGUGCUCGGCUUCACCGUUGCCUCCUGGCUUAUCGCCCCCAAAGUGGCUGAACUGAACGAGAGGAAAAGGCGCGGGAGCAGCGGCGGCUUUUCCAGCGGCGGGGGCGGCAGCAGCCUCUGUUCUUACUACGGCCGGGCGGCUGGGCUGCCCGGGGGCAAGAGGCAGCUGCAGCCUGAGGCGGUAGCGGCAGCUGGAGGGCUCGGAGGCGCCAGCGUUAGAAGCAGCCGGUGGGAACGAGAGCCUCCGCCGCCGCCCCCCGCUGCGGAGGACGAGCCCGUGCCCAGUCCUCCAAUUGCAGCGGGUGGAGAAGGAGACCCGCAGGAGGAAGAGGAGGAGGAGGAGGAAGAAGGCGCCGGCCGCCGCCACGGCAGCAGCCACAAUGGGAGCGGAGACGAUGCGGGCGCCCCGGGCUGCGCCAAGGACCGCCGCUUCCUCUACGUGGGGGUCAUGACUGCCCAGAAGUACCUAAGCAGCCGCGCGCUGGCGGCGCAGCGAACCUGGGCGAGCUCCAUCUCCGGCCGCGUGGAGUUCUUUUCCAGCCAGGGCUCCAUCCCUCCGCCUGCUUUGCCGGGAGAACCUCCGUUGCCGGUCAUCGCUUUGCCCGGGGUGGACGACUCCUACCCGCCGCAGAAGAAAUCCUUUAUGAUGCUCAAGUAUAUGCACGACCACUAUUUGGACACCUACGAGUGGUUCAUGCGGGCAGACGACGAUGUCUAUAUCAAAGGGGAAAAAUUAGAGGAAUUCCUAAGGUCACUGAACAGCAGUAAACCUCUCUAUUUGGGGCAGACAGGACUAGGAAAUACCGAAGAACUUGGAAAACUGGCUCUUGAGCCAGGAGAGAAUUUUUGCAUGGGAGGACCUGGGAUGAUCUUCAGCCGUGAAGUUCUUAGGAGGAUGGUACCACACAUAGGUGAAUGUCUUCGUGAAAUGUACACUACUCAUGAGGAUGUAGAAGUAGGCCGGUGCGUUCGGCGGUUUGGUGGAACUCAGUGUGUUUGGUCUUAUGAGAUGCAGCAGUUGUUCCAUGAAAACUAUGAACACAACCGGAAGGGUUACAUACAGGAUCUUCACAACAGCAAGAUUCACACAGCAAUUACACUUCAUCCGAAUAAAAGGCCAGCCUAUCAGUACAGGCUUCAUAAUUAUAUAUUGGCCUGUAAAAUAUCAGAAUUACGUUACCGCACCAUCCAGCUUCAUAGAGAAAGUGCCCUCAUGAGUAAGCUCAGUAAUACUGAAAUCAGCAAAGAUGAUCAAGUUCUGGGAAUGAUGCCAUCUUUUAACCGCUUCCAGCCACAUGACAGGAAUGAAAUCAUUGAAUGGGAGUUUCUGACUGGAAAGCUGCUUUACUCUAUGGCUGAGAAUCAACCACCCAGACAGAGCAUUAAUAACGUCCUGCGGGCAGCAUUGGAUGACACUGUAAUGCAGGUGAUGGAAAUGAUCAAUGAGAAUUCUAAAUCUAGAGGGAGGCUUAUUGACUUCAAUGAAAUACAGUAUGGGUACCGCAGGAUUGACCCUUUGCACGGUGUAGAAUACAUUUUGGAUUUGUUGCUUUUAUACAAAAGGCACAAAGGAAGAAAAGUUACUGUUCCUGUUCGACGGCAUAUUUACCUUCAGCAAUUGUUUAGUAAACCUUUUUUCAAAGAAGAAGAAGAACUGGAUAUGAUCAGUCUUGUAGAAAACAUGAAUAGUGCCACACAGUCAUUUUCCUUCAUUUCUAAUUCCUUGAAGAUGUUUUCAUCAUUUCAAGGCACCAAAGAAAUAGGAGCGCAUGGUGACAAAAAGAUUCACAUUCUAGUCCCUCUCACAGGGAGGUACGAUAUUUUCUUAAGAUUUAUGGAGAACUUUGAAAAAACUUGCCUCAUCUCCAAGCAGAAUGUAAAGCUGGCAGUUAUUCUCUUCAGUUCUGAUUCUGGUCAGGAUUCCAGUAAACACAUAGAGCUGAUUAAUGAAUAUCAUCGUAAAUAUCCUGUGGCAGACAUGACAAUCAUUCCAAUGACAGGUGUUUUCUCUAGAGGGCUGGGUCUUGAAAUGGCCUCUUCUAAGUUUGACAAUGACACUUUGCUGCUCUUCUGUGAUGUUGACCUGAUAUUCACCCAAGAUUUUCUCCAGCGGUGUCGAGCUAACACUGUUCAAGGGCAACAGGUUUAUUACCCUAUUAUUUUCAGUCAGUAUGAUCCCAAAGUAAUAUAUGGGAGCAGCCCUCCAGUGGACAGUAACUUUGUUUUUACAAAGAAAACUGGAUUUUGGAGAGACUAUGGGUUUGGGAUCACUUGCAUUUACAAAAGUGAUCUUGUAAAUGCUGGUGGAUUUGACACCUCAAUUCAGGGUUGGGGACUUGAAGAUGUAGACCUCUUUACUAAAGUAAUAACUUCUGGAUUGAAGGCUUUUAGAAGCCAAGAAGUAGGAGUUGUGCAUGUUUUUCAUCCAGUUCAUUGUGAUCCCAACUUAGAUCCUAAACAAUACAAGAUGUGCUUAGGAUCCAAAGCAAGUACAUUUGCCUCUGCCAUGCAACUAGCUGAAAUAUGGCUAGAAAAACAUUUAGGCGUCAGGUAUAAUCGAACUCUCUCCUGACAUUCUAACUUACUCUGCCUUCCAAGGGGAGUUUACCUCAUUACUGCUAUGUUUUGUUGUUGCAUUCUCAAACUCCUCUUUGUCUUCCAAAGGAUGUGUGUUUGACCUCAAGUGAACAGAGUCUGGUGUCAGGAAUGUUACAGAUUCCUACUGAAGUGCUUAGAUGUGGUGUCUUUCUAUUCUCUUUGAUCUAUAAACUGAGUAAAACCAUGGCAAUCAAACAAUCCCAUGGAGCCCAUCUAUCAUGAGGACUACAUGAAACAAAUGUUCUCGUUGGACUUCAGGAUGCAAUAUUAGUCUUCAUUGUGUCUGUCAAACAUAAUGUGAUACAGAUAUUUUCUGAUGAAGGUACCACAAAAGUGCUUUAUGCUUCCUCUGGGAAAGAGACUCUGGCAAACUUGAGUUUUAUAAUUUAUGUGUCAUAUAAUUUAUAUGACUAAAAUAGUAUUAUUCUUCUUUAUAAUUUUUAAAGUAGAUGGAUAACUGAUUAUUUUUUAAAAAAGAGAAAAAAUACACAAACCGAAGAUUUUCUUCUCAAGUACAAUUGGUACUGGCUACCAAGAACCAUAAACAUUGUAAUAAAAUGACUGCCUCAUUACUGUUUAUUCUAAGCGCAAUUGGACUGUGUUUUCUCAAGGAAAUAUGACUUACUCAAGUAUUUGCAUACAUUGAGACAAUUCCUGAACCAAUGUCCUUCAUUUGCUGGCCAGAAGACACAAUGUGGUUAUUUAUAAUAAAAGUAUAGAUGUACUGUAUUCUUUUUUUUCAAAGACAAGGAUAUGUUGCUUGGUGUUUGUUUAGAAUGAGCCUCUAAUAUAUAAAUAAUUUUCUAUUUUAUUCCUUUCAUAAAGC